AUGUCAACAUUUCCAACAUCAACAAUUGUACAUCCAACAGUACUUUUAAGUGUUGUAGAUCAUUAUAAUAGAGUUGCAAAGGAUACCAACAAGAGAGUAGUAGGUGCAUUAUUAGGAUCAAAUAAUAAAGGUGUUGUAGAUGUAUCAAAUUGUUAUGGUCUUCCAUUCGAAGAGGAUGAAGCCAAUCCAAACAUUUGGUUUUUAGAUCACAAUUUCCAUGAAAACAUGUUUGCAAUGUUUAAAAAAAUUAAUGCACGUGAAAAUGUAGUUGGUUGGUACAGUACUGGACCAAAGAUUAGACCAGCUGAUCAAGAUAUUAAUGAAUUAUUCAGAAGAUACACUCCAAAUCCAGUUAUGGUCAUCAUUGAUGUCGCACCAAAAGAAUUAGGUAUUCCAACAAAAUCCUAUGUUACUGUUGAAGAAAUUAAUAAAGAUACAUCAGAAUCAACAAUGAGAUUCCAACAUAUUCCAUCAUCAAUUGAUGCAGUUGAGGCAGAGGAAAUUUGUAUUGAACAUCUUUUAAGAGAUGUUAAAGAUUCUUCAAUUUCAUCAUUAACUACUCAAAUUACUGAUAAAAAGAUUUCAUUAAAACAUCUUUUAACAAAUCUUCAAGAAAUGCAACAUUAUUUAAAAUUAGUUUGUGAUGGUACAUUACCACCAAAUCAUCAAAUUAUUGGAUAUAUUCAAGAUAUUAUUAAUCUUUCACCAAACUUAAAUGCAAAUGAAAUUUCAAAAUCUUUUGCUGUACAAAAUAAUGAUACAAUGUCUGUCAUUUAUUUAUCCUCAAUGAUUAGAUCCAUUAUAGCUCUUCAUAAUCUUAUUAUCAAUAAAACUGCAAAUAGAGAGGCUGAAAAGAAGGCUGAUAUAAUCAAUAGCACUCCACCAACUACUGCUACUUCACCAAGUGUUGCUGAUAAAGGUAAAGAAAAAGAACAAAACGCCUUUAAUGGUGCUGAUAAACCAAGUAAACAAGCUUAA